AUGGGAAAAACGCAAAUAUGGGAAAAACGCAAAUAUGGGAAAAACGCAAAUAUGGGAAAAACGCAAAUAUGGGAAAAACGCAAAUAUGGGAAAAACGCAAAUAUGGGAAAAACGCAAAUAUGGGAAAAACGCAAAUAUGGGAAAAACGCAAAUAAGGGAAAAACGCAAAUAUGGGAAAAACGCAAAUAUGGGAAAAACGCAAAUAUGGGAAAAACGCAAAUAUGGGAAAAACGCAAAUAUGGGAAAAACGCAAAUAUGGGAAAACGCAAAUAUGGGAAAAACGCAAAUAUGGGAAAAACGCCAAUAUGGGAAAAACGCCAAUAUGGGAAAAACGCGAAUAUGGGAAAAACGCGAAUAUGGGAAAAACGCGAAUAUGGGAAAAACGCGAAUAUGGAAAAAACGCAAAUAUGGGAAAAACGAAAAUAUGGGAAAAACGCAAAUAUGGGAAAAACGCAAAUAUGGGAAAAACGCAAAUAUGGGAAAAACGCAAAUAUUGGAAAAACGCAAAUAUGGGAAAAACGCAAAUUUGGGAAAAACGCAAAUUUGGGAAAAACGCAAAUAUGGGAAAAACGCAAAUAUGGGAAAAACGCAAAUAUUGGAAAAAUGCAAAUAUGGAAAAAACGCAAAUAUGAGGAAAACGCAUGUAUGGGAAAACAUAUGAAAUUUAUAAAACGCAUUAGAGGGAAAACGAAAAUGUGGUAA